AAGUCUGUCUGAAACUGAGAGAAUCAAGAGCCCAAAACCAGGACUGCUUCCCACGGUAUUCUCUCUCUCCAUCCUCUCCCUCAGUUACCUCUCUCUACGCAACCACCGAAACCGCUUGGAGCCCGAAUUCGACGACACCAAAACCUUGAGCUCAGAGAUCCCAAUCCCCUGGUACCUGUUGCCGGUUUCAAAGAUUGGAACUUUGUCCAUUUUUCUUCCUCGGAAUUACGGCCCUGAGGCGGUAUCAGAUCCGAGUCGUUUGUGUGCAUGCAAAUGGACAGAUGCGACCAUUGAAGUAGCUGCGUAGCUUUUUGAUGAGUUUACUGAACAGAACUGACAUGUCAGUUUGAACAGGCAACGGUUUGUACUAAUGCCAAAAAUGUCAAUCUUGUCGAAGCUACGUUGUAUCACUGUAGAUGUCACUGGUACUCUGAUAGCUUACAAAGGCCAACUUGGGGACUACUACUGCAUGGCAGCUAAGUCAGUUGGGUUGCCCUGUCCUGAUUACAAACGCAUGCAUGAAGGCUUUAAGGCAGCAUACACAGAAAUGGCAAAACGAUACCCAUGUUUUGGCUAUGCAGCAAAAAUACCAAAUGUUGAUUGGUGGAGGUCAUGUGUCAAGGACUCUUUUACCAAGGCAGGCUAUGAAUAUGAUGAUGAAACAUUUGAGAAGGUGUUCAGACGCAUAUAUGCAUCUUUUGGUUCUUCUGCACCCUACUCAGUAUUUCCUGACUCGCAGCCCUUCUUGAGAUGGGCACGUCAAAAGGGCCUCGUUGUUGUAAUUGUCAGCAAUGCCGAGUACCGGUAUCAGGAUGUCAUCCUUCCUGCCUUAGGACUGCAUCAGGGAUCAGAAUGGGACUUUGGUGUAUUCUCAGGCCUUGUGGGUGUUGAAAAACCAGACCCAAGGAUGUAUGAGAUUGCACUGGAGAAGGCUGGAAAUAUACCACCAGAAGAAGCACUUCACAUUGGCGACAGCAUGCGCAAGGACUACAUCCCAGCCCGCAGCGUGGGUAUGCAUGCUUUGCUUUUGGAUAGAUUUAAGACACCAGAUGCAGAGAGUUGGAAACAAUCUGGUGCUCUUGUGUUCCCUGAUCUUCUGGCUGUUCGGGACUGGCUCACCAAAGAAGAAGUGAUCGCAGCUGGCCAAAAAGCCUAGCAGUCUAUAGGUAGUGGUAGAAUUGGUCCAACACCUCUGAUAAAUGAGGAAUGCUAUUUCUUUUUUCGUUCUCUUUUUUCGUUUUUGGUCUCUUUUGGGACAAGAUGUACCCAUAUAAUUCAGAGAGGUGGUUAUGAUUUUUUUGAAGGGGGGAAAUCCACCUGUAAGGGAAAUUGGACUCUUGCAACUGAUGACAUCCCUAUGAGAUACUUAUCCUAGGACUUCUGGAGAGGUGAAUCAUAAUUACAAACCAUGUCAGUUUUCUUUUCUUUAGCUUCCUCGUAUCACCUAGAACAUUAAAUAAUCUUGUGAAGGUAGGGGCAUAGCACAUCAAGUUCAUCUUUCAAAGUGCAGGUCAAGUCAACACUUUUGC